CACAAAAAAAAAAAUGUUAAAAAAACGAGUAGUUUUGUGAAUUGGGUUCAUCUUUUGUCUCAGCUCCUUGGAGAUGUUGAACGAGGGAGUGUGUGGAUGACAUUGGUAUCCCAUGUUGCACUGCUUUAUCAGGGCUUACAAGAUGGCGACGCCCAUGCACAGAAUAAUUGCUCGUAGGCAGGCGGAGGCUAACAAACAGUAUGUCCGAUGUCAGAAAUGUUUAGAAUUUGGCCAUUGGACGUACGAAUGUACUGGGAAGAGGAAAUAUCUACACAGACACUCCAGAACCGUAGAAUUGAAGAAGAAAUUAAAGGAGAGUGAAAACAACUUGACAUCUAUGCCAGUACCAGGCAGUGAAGGAGCAAGUGAAAAGAAGACCAAGACAAAAAAGAAAAGAUCCAAGGAUUCAAGUAGCUCCAGCAGCAGCAGCUCCAGUAGUUCGUCCAGUGACUCUUCCUCAGACAGUGACUCUUCCUCCUCGGACAGUGACAGCAAUGAGAGCUCCAGCUCCUCCUCCUCCUCCAGCUCCAGCAGCGACUCGGACUCCAGCAGCUCCGACAGCAAGCCUCCCAAGAAAAGGAAGAAGAAAUAAGAUGAAUGGUUUUGAUCCAGAUCAGAGUUCCAGCCCUGUUUUACUGCUCUGUUCAGACUGAUUUUUAUAGGUUUAUCAUGUAAAUAAAACCUAAAACAAACCUUGGGACUUCUAGUGGCAGAAGUUGUCAGUAAGGGUUUCCUGAAAAGAGGUAUAGACCAGGUACAUUUACAAACCUUUACUAGUGUGACGAAGAGCUCUUCCAAAAGGGUUAUCUUUUAAGAGUAAGAAAGUGUUUAUACUAGUGUGUUAUUUCUUCAACAACAAUAUUCCAUAUUUGACACGGUGACCUAAAAAAAAAAAAAAAAACUUUGUUAACCAUGGUUUACAGCUGUUUUCUCUGGACUGUUUCCAUUGUGUGUAUUUGAUCACAUGCAAGAUAAGGGGACCAGAGAUUUGCAUGUUUGUGAACUACAAGUUGGUUAUUCAAAUUAUUUUACACGGGGGUCAUUUUCAAGGUUUUUCAAAAUUAACAAUGAAUAAAUAAUAUUUUUGUAAAUGACAACUUUAUCAUAAUUCCAGAGUGUGCAUUUGUAUUUUUUUGUUUGUUUUUAUUGUAUAUAAUAGAAGUGUUAAACUUAUUUUUAAACUUGUGUUUUCACUCUACUUCAAUUAUUAAAUACUAGUUUAUACUGUUGUCACACUUGACCUAGGUCACACUUAUCCCCAAAUUAACAUAGUUCAAGUUUAAUUUGACGUAUACAUGAUAUGUAAUUGUAAAAUUACAGCACCCUUCCUAGUAUUGUUAAAUGUUUUGUUUCUCUAACAGUAGCAUUGUAAUGUUUGGCACAUAAGAGGGUAAUUUGAAGUAUCUGUCUUAAGACAUUUUUGUAGUUGUCAGUUUCUUUUUUUAAAUAAAGGGGUUUUUAAGUGUG